UCUUUCCAUUAAAUUUGGAAUUAGACCCACCAGAAGUUUGCAGAAAUUCCCAAAAAAAAAAAAAAAAAAUCUUCGAUAUUCAUCAACCCAACAACAGCACAGGCCAUUCUCUGCCAUUUUGCUUUGGAUUCAUCGACCCUCUUCCUCUUUCUUCUAUAGAGUUGCUGGGCGAAGACUGAAUUGUCUUCCUCCAUUUUCUCCAUUUCAGGUGGGAAUUUCAUAUCCUUUCUACUUUGUUUGAUGGAUUUGGGGCUGUUUUUGAUUCAGGGGGAGGAAUUUUGAGGUAUUGGAAGUCAUUGAUCCAUUCAAAUAGAAUUGAAGUUUGAUUUGGUGUAAUUGGUUGUGUUGGGCGUGUGAUGAUAAGAGUUUUGUGCACAAGAGGAAGAAGAGAAGCCAUAUGAUGGCAACAGCUGCAAUAAUUGGGCUUGGUGCAGCGAAGCGGCUGUUGAAUUCUUCAUCCUAUUAUUCUGAUUUCACAGAAAAGGUUUUAUAUCUCAAUGAUCAUAGGUUGGGACAGAACCAAGUUUCCACUACGAAGAGUGUGGUAAUAGCGAAACAUUCGGCUGACUUUUCUCCGAGCUAUCCACCGUCGAAUCGGCACGUGCAGUGCAUCAAAGCUGUGAAGGAACAUGUAGAUACUCCCUCUUCUCCAACUGCAGAGCCAUGGCUUAAUAACACCACCAUUUGGGAAGAUGAAGAAACUGAUCUUAAAUGUACUGUGGAGGCUCUUCUUUUGCUGCAAAAGUCCAUGCUAGAGAAGCAAUGGAAUCUAUCUUUCGAGCAAACUGUGUCGACCGAUGUGCCUAGAGGAAAAACAGAGAAGAAAGUACCUGUCACUUGUUCCGGUGUGUCUGCACGGCAAAGGAGGAUGAAUUCUAAGAGGAAGAUACAGAGCAAACAUGUUUUUAUGGCUCAACCAAAAAUCAGUAAACAGCAAAAACCUAGUAUCAGUCCUGAGCUACUCCAAAAUCGAUUGAGGGGCUAUGUGAAAGGUUUAGUAAGUGAAGAAAUACUUCCCCAUUCGGAAGUUGUACGCCUUUCGAAGAAGAUAAAAGUCGGUCUUGCAUUGGAGGAGCAUAAAACCAGACUGAAGGAAAGACUAAGAUGUGAGCCCUCUGAAGAACAACUGGCAAUUUCACUUGAGAUUUCUUGUGCCGAAUUACGGUCGAGAGUAAUGGAAUGUUCAUUGGCAAGAGAGAAGCUAGCGAUGAGCAAUGUUCGUUUAGUAAUGUCAAUUGCACAAAGAUAUGAUAACAUGGGGGCUGAAAUGGCCGACUUAGUUCAGGGUGGCUUGAUCGGACUUCUCCGAGGAAUCGAAAAGUUUGAUUCCUCAAAGGGAUUCAAAAUCUCAACCUAUGUUUAUUGGUGGAUACGCCAGGGUGUUUCAAGAGCAUUAGUUGAAAAUUCGAGAACGCUGAGGUUGCCAACUCAUUUGCACGAAAGAUUAGGAUUGAUUCGCAAUGCCAAAGUUAAACUGCAAGAGAAAGGAAUCACCCCAUCAAUUGAUAGGAUUGCAGAAUCUCUCAACAUGUCCAAAAAGAAAGUCAAGAAUGCCACUGAGGCAAUUAGCAAGGUGUUCUCACUCGACCGAGAAGCAUUCCCUUCAUUGAAUGGUCUUCCUGGCGAAACUCAUCAUAGUUAUAUUGCAGAUAAUCGCCUCGAGAACAACCCGUGGCAUGGAACCGACACAUGGAGUCUGAAGAUUGAGGUUAACAAACUCAUAAACAUGACGCUUGAGGACCGAGAAAGAGAGAUCAUUCGUCUUUAUCACGGUUUGGACAAUGAAUGUCUGACAUGGGAGGAAAUAAGCAAACGCAUAGGUUUGUCCAGAGAAAGGGUAAGGCAAGUUGGACUAGUGGCGUUGGAGAAACUAAAGAAGGCAGCCAAGAUGAGGAAGAUGGAAGCCAUGUUGCUUAAACAUUAAUUUGUUAAAAUAUAAUUACAAGUCAUACGUCGUAGAGAUCAUCCAUUGCCUACUGUAUAUAUAAAGAAAACGAAACUGUGUUAUUCGCCAUUAUGAUUUUGAUCACAAAUAGCGUGACAGAUAAUAGGGAAAGUUUCUAGAAUGAGAUUUGCAUAUGUUGUCUGAGGAAAUUAUUAUUGAUUGGUGUUGAACACAUAGUUGCCCCACA